AUGACGGGUUUUCACAGGUUUUCCUUCCACUUUGCAGAUUAUCCCGCGUUUGCGGGGCCAAUCGGUAACGUCACGGCGGCCAGUGGCAGAGAAGCUAUUCUCCUGUGCACCAUUAAGGGAUUAGGUACCUUCAAGGUGGGAUGGCUCAGGGCGGAGGACCAGACGAUCCUAUCAAUAGGUGAGCGAACGGUCCUUCAUUCGUCGAGAAUCACCGCUUCCCUGGAGAACGUGAGGCCGAAAAACCAGAGCCUUUCGAGGGAGGCCGAAGAGACAACGUGGAGGCUGAGAAUCCGGCAGCUGGGAGAUAGCGACCGCGGGUGUUACAUGUGCCAAGUCAACACGGAGCCCAUGUUGAGCCAGCUGGGCUGCGUUGACGUCCUAGUCGCUCCUGACAUUCUGACCACCGGGACGUCGGAGAGCGAGGUCUCGGUCACGGAGGGCGAAAACGCAACCCUGGUCUGCAAGGCCUCCGGGAGACCUCCCCCUCAGAUCUCCUGGCAGAAUGAGAAGAAUAGGUACAUACUGAUGAGAGGAGCAUACGACCAGCUGGUGCAAGUGGACAACCCGGCAGGCGAACGACUGGAUUUAACCAGAGUGGACAGACGACAGAUGGGAGCUUACCUAUGCAUCGCGAAGAACGCCGUGCCUCCGGCUGUCAGCAAAAGGGUCUAUCUGAGAGUAAACUUUCCGCCGAGCGCCAGGGUGGCAAACCAGCUGCUGGGCUCUCCCCUGAACACGAGCGUGUCGCUGGUGUGUCUGGUCGAGGCCUUCCCAAAGACCAUCAACUUCUGGAAAAGAAGUGAGCAGGUUAUCAUGAGCGGCGGAAGAUAUGAAAUCCUCGAGAUCUGGGACCUGGAGGAGGAAUGGAAGGCGACGAUCGAGCUGAAAAUAAGGGGCCUGCAGAAGGCGGACCUAGGGGAGUACACGUGUUCCGCCACCUCCAGCAUCAGCAAGGCGGAAGCCACCCUCAGGGUCUACGAGAUCGAACCGGCCACCCUGCCCACCAAGGCCACGCCGAUCAACUGGAAGAAGCUGGGGAACCGAAGUAAAGGGAAAUCCGCGCAAUUGACGACCCUUGGUCGGAUGUCUUACCAGCUGAGCACCCCGGCUAUGCAGAAGAGCACUUCGAGGCUCAUCUUCGGCAGCAAGUACGCCACGACCACCACCGCGGAUCCGCGGGCGCAUUUGAAGCGCGACAAGAACGCCCUGAAGGAGAACGACGUCCUGAAUCUGCGAAACGGGUGCAUCCUCCUCGUCGCAAAUCGUGCGUGCACGAUGUACAUAAUGCUCUUCUUUCUGAUUUUUCGGUAA